CGUACCUUUCAUUCCAUCCCAACUUCCCAACCUCCAAACCUCUCACGUCUCUUCCUCUCUUCCUCUUCUCCUCUCUUCAUCUCCCUCCUUCCUCACGACCUCUCUCUCUCUCCCCCUAUAUAUAUACCUAUAUAUUCCUAUAUAUCCUUCAAAUUCCGCGUGCUUUUUGAGCAUUAGUGUUUCUGAUCCCUAGAACCAUGGCGUCUGUUCGUGACCUCCCGCCAAACGUUCAUAUCUCCUCCCAUCCUUGCCUCCUGGCCAAGCUCUCCCAACUCCGGUUAAAGGCAACUCCAGCAAAGGAUGUCAAGUCGCUUGUCCACGAUAUUUCCCUAAUACUAGGCUGUGAUGCCCUGGCAACUUCAACCACUUCCGUCCAAGGACCUAAGGACGAAACUCACCUGGGCUUCCCCUAUGACACCGCCACCAUAGCCCCGCAAACCAUCUCCCUCAUCCCCAUCCUCCGCUCCGGUCUCGCCAUGGUCGACGCCCUCCAAACCAUCCUCCCCGACCCGGUCCCCGUCCACCACCUCGGCCUCUACCGCGAACCCUCCACCCUCGAACCGGUCGAGUACUACAACAAUCUGCCCCAUCACAUCCCCGACCCGACCCUCAAGGCCAACUCCACCUCCGCCGCCGCCUUCGCUCCCUCCUCCACCACCGCGUCUGCCCUUGAAGCCGAGGCCGACGGCACCGGUGCCCCGUACGCGUCGAGUCUCGCCAUCAUACUCGACCCUGUCAUCGCCACCGGCGGAACGUGUGCAGCUGCCAUCCAGACGCUUAAGGAGUGGGGCGCUCGGCGCAUAGUCGUGCUGUCCAUUGUUGGGGCCACGGAGGGUGUCCGUCGCGCUGCGGAGGAGUGGCCCGAGGCGACUGAGAUUUGGCUUGCGGCUGUGGACCCGGAGUUGACGGGACAGGGGAUGAUCAAGCCCGGUUUGGGCGAUAUAGGCGAUCGUCUGUUCCUGACCAUUGGCAAGUAGUUAAGUUAUCUAGCUUUCUCUUUCGCUUGGACGAAAUGAAGCUACGCUGCACGUAUCCCGGUGCAAUGGGGAGCCCGGCAGAGAGAGAAGCAGCAUCACUAGAAGUGCAUCAGGGGUGCGGGUCGAAGAGUACGGGGGUUCAAGCCGUACCUAGUUUGUGAGAGCGAGGUAUAUUGUUAAGCGUUCGACGGCUCCUGUGCGCAGUUUGCGGACUGAGACAACGCCCGUAUAUAUCAUCUUAUUGCGACCUAUUUGAAGUCUUCACAAUCCCCGCCCUGACCAGUCAUGACAACAGUAAUAAAGUACAUUACAUUA